CAGCCAAUAUGUUGAUGCAAAGAAAAAUGGACCCGCGAUAAAUGAAGGAAGAGUAAGGACUAGUUAAUGAUUGAUGCCUCGUUUAGAUGCAUUAAAGUUAAAUGUACUUCAAUUCAUUGAUACUAAGGAUGUCUAUGGAAAAGCAUUUUAAAUCCGCAUUUGCAACUUUCGAAAUUUUUAUCGCGCUUAAUAAUUUUCUUAAAUUCAAUUAAAUUUUCUUCUACCGGCGGUUACCGCACGUUAGUUUUCAGACCAUGGUGCGGUAACCGGUGGUAUUUUAGCGGUUCUGAUGACAUGGGUUAGCCGUUUCGCGCCAUAGCUAAUUAAAGACAUUUUUACUGACAGUGACUGACUUUUUUGUGGAAUUUACAGAACCGCAUUUUAACUUUUAUAGGUACUUGUUUUUCUUUGUCCUAUGACAUAAUACAAAGAGGUUACUAUUGAUAUUAUUCUCAGGAAUACAAAAAGCAGGAUUCUCGAAUUGUUUGUUUCAUUUAGAAUAAACUUGUACGUACAUUAAAUAUGAACAUAGAAGACAAUGAUGCGAUUGACAUUUUAGACGCACUUGCAGAAAAUGUGCUUCAUGAUCUUGCUGGAAUUGCCCAUUUACACAAGUUAACCUACACUGAAGUGUGGCCUCGACAAAGUACCUUUCGUGAUUCUCUAUGUCAUAUGAAAUUCAAUUUAGCCAAAAGUUCACUCAUAAAACGUGGAAUAAAAAGAAGUCGUGUAGUAUCAUUACAAGUUCAACGACAAACAGAAGAACAACAAAAUCAAGGCUAUGAAAAUGAUGAUGAACAGCAACAAAGUUAUUUUUCUUUUGUUUAUUAA